GAUUGCAAACACGGAAAUACACAGUGAGAUAAGCAGAUCGUCCGCGUAGUUAUAUUCUAUCUUUUAUUGCAACCAAUUUAAGCACUAGUUAAUAAAAGCAUACCUUGCUCGUAAAACACACAACCAGGUAGACUGUUAGAGUCUUUUUCUCUCCUUCUAUGGAUUUAAUGCCGCUUCUGUCAUGGGCCUGCAUCGUGUUUACAGUCGGGAUGUUCUCGACUGGACUGACCGACCUGAAGAAGAUGAGAGAAACCAAGAGUGCAGACAACAUCCAGUUUCUACCUUUCCUUUUCACAUGUCUUAAUAACCUGGGCUGGUUGUAUUAUGGGCUUCUGAAGAAAGAUCAGACGAUUGUCUUCGUCAACGUUAUCGGAGCUCUUCUCCAGAUCCUCUACAUUAUCGUGUACCUCCACUACACAACACAAAAGAGGCUGGUGACGUCCCAGACUGUAGCAGCAGGGACGGUGCUGGCGUGCGGUUGGUUCUACUUCACCAUGUUUCUUCCUGAAGGAGACUCUCAGCUCAGCCAGCUCGGCCUCACCUGCAGCGUGAUCACUGUCAGCAUGUACAUGUCCCCACUCACUGACCUGGUAGAGAUAGUGCGUAGUCGUGAUGUUCAGCGCUUGUCCUUCCCUCUGACUGUCGCCACCUUCUUCACUUCAACCUCCUGGGUCCUGUACGGCCUCCAGCUACACGACCAAUAUAUUUGGGUUCCAAACACGCCUGGGAUCUUCACCAGCCUCAUCAGAUUGUAUCUAUUUUGGAGAUUUGCGGCUGUCAAUCAAAGCUCACCUGCUUAUAGGUCCAUGUAGAGAUGAGAAAAUGAGGGGGGGAAGUAAUAAAAACGAAAAAUAUCUGUUUACUCCAUGAAGUGCUGCAGCGAAGACCCCUGCCCAUCACCUGUCUUGUACUUUUAAUCAUACAGAGAGAUAUUAACUGUUAAUGGGUGAGCACUGUUGAAGUGGAGACAGUUUUGUGUGUUCGUUACCUUUUUGGGGAGGUGUUCACAAAUAAUGAUGUGAUGGUCUGGUUCAACAGUUUUUUGUCUGCAACUAUUUGUUAAUCAUGUCUCCUUCAAGUGCCUUAUGUGAGAUCCUGUUUGCCAUUAAAUAUGAAUGGCAUUUACUGAUCUCCCAACAUGCCAGGAGACUUGCAAUCUGUUCCCAAUCCGGUGAAUGUGACUCACCUCCUACUAGCCAAAGAUGUGGAGUUGAAACUUGCUGGCUGCUAUUUUAAUAUCAUAUUGUGCUCUGUUCCCUGGUACUCAUGUAUGGAAUAAUAUAGUAUAUUAAUAUUAUUCCCUGGUGAUGCAAUGAAGGUUUCAUAUCCUUUUAGAUUCGGUACUCUCGCUUUUGUAUCCUGGUGCAGACACAUAUAUUGAGUUAUCAGUAGCAGUAAGUUAUAUUUGUUAUUUCUAUUAUAUAUUUCAUGUCAGAGUCUUUCUGUUACAUAAUGUGUAUGUUGGAUUAUGUCCACGACAAAAUAUUGUCUACUUUUAUUGGUAAUGCUAUUUUUAUAAGCUAUUUGUAUAUGAGAUUACAAAUACAGUAAAAAAAUAAAUAACACCAUAGUGUUUGUUUAAAAGAAUGAAUAAUGUUUAUUUCUCUCGUGGCUGACUGUCGUGGGUAAUGGAGUCUUGCUUGUCUCCUCAUUAUAAUCUGUAAUAUGGACAUGUUAUGCAAAUGAAACAGCCGGUUGUCAGCGCUGAUUCACACUUCUAAAGUUUGUAAGAUCUUUAAAUGGUGCCAUGUUAAUACAUUUUUACCUAAACUAUCAA